GGCAGUCUUCGGCGAACUCGUGUGCAUUCGGAACUCUAUGGAAUUCGUACCACGGUUUCAUACAGCAACAGUUGCCGCAAUGCCGAAAGCUAUGCGAAAACUGUAGCAAACAAUUUCAAAUGGGGACGAAUCCUAUAUGUGAAACGUCUGGCAUCUUUUGAAGGUUGACAUUGACAAAGUUGUGCGUUGUUUGUGACUGUUUCUCUCUUUUGUGAAGGAAAAAACGAAGGAUGUUGAAGAUUUACAGCCGACUGAUUAUUAUUUUAUUUAUUACGCUCCUCUGGAACAUCGAUUUUUCUUACAGAAAUAAUAAACAAGUAUAAUAAACCAGUGAGUUGAAGUGAAUGAAGUAUUGCAUCUUAGUGACACUUUCUUGUUACAAACAAGGUGGUAAAGAUGGAAAAGAUCUUUUUAUACACGUCUUGAAUCUGUUUUCAAUGACAAUACAAACUCUCAAGUGUUUUACUGGAUUUCGACUUACUAGCUCUGUGACAUGACAUGUUUGUUAAAUUAAAGUUGUUUUGAUGGAUGUAGUUUCAUUUAACAAACAGAAGAUAUAAUUUCGUGGGUCUGUGUUUGUUAAAUUAAAGUUGUUUUGAUGGAUGUGAUUUCGUUUAACAAAACAGAACAUACAGUUUUGUGGGUCUAUGUUUGUUAAAUUAAAGUUGUUUUAAUGGAUGCGAUUUCAUUUGACAAAACAGAACAUACCGUUCCGUGGGUCUAUGUUUGUUAAAUUAAAGUUGUUUUAAUGGAUGCGAUUUCAUUUGACAAAACAGAACAUACAGUUUCGUAGGUCUAUGUUUGUUAAAUUAAAGUUGUUUUAAUGGAUGUGAUUUCAUUUGACAAAACAGAACAUACAGUUUCGUGGGUCUAUGUUUGUUAAAUUGAAGUUAUUUUAAUGGAUGUGAUUUCAUUUGACAAAACAGAACAUACAGUUUCGUAGGUCUAUGUUUGUUAAAUUAAAGUUGUUUUAAUGGAUGUGGUUUCAUUAUGACAAAACAGAACACGCAGCUUAGUACCUCUAUGUUUUAAACACCUGAAAUAUACAAAACGAUUGUUUCUCAAAACACCUAAUUCCAAAAAGGAUCUCGGAUCAUGCCCGAUAUCACCAAUGGUUUCGCCGAUUUUAGUUCUGUGGACCGUGCUGUCUGUGCUCGUGGCUGGCUCGUGCAGCUUCACGUUCUUGCAGCCAUUUUGGAUCAUCCAUCUGGACUACACGCACUCGUUCGGGAUGGUCAGCUACUGCUACAUGGACUCCCUGUACGAGAACUAUAAAGACGUGUGCACGGCGUACGGCGGCUACUACCACCUGGGUAACAUUCCGUCCGGGGCGUGGCAGGCGGCGUGCGUGCUGUACGGCACGGGGUGCGUGCUGCUGUGUCUGUCGGCCGUGCUGGCGCUGUACGACCUCGGCUUGGUCAGAGAGUCCCUCAGCAACAGGAGGCUGUCCCUGGUGGCCGGGUACAUACAGGCGGUGGGAGUGCUCACAAUGAUCGCAGGACUUUUGGUUUUCCCGCUGGGAUCCGGGUCAACAUUUUUCCGCCAUUACUGUGGAGACCAUGCUUCGGCGUUCAACGCGGGACACUGUUUGAUUGGCUGGAGCUAUAUGCUAGGAAUUAUGGGAACUGCUAUUUCAAUGUUCUGUCCCUUCUUAUCACAAUUCACAGACAUGAAAGCAAGUGAAAUAUUUUCUUAACCCUCAAUAAUUUAAUAAUAUAUAUAAAAAAAAAAAAAAAAUGUUUAACUUGUAAAAUGAAUGUUGUACACACAUCUGAAGACGUAAAUUAUGUUUAUAUGUGUCAUUCUGUGCUUAUAUGGAUACUGGCUACCAGCGAGUGCGCAAUGACAGUGGAGGAACAGUACGACUUCAGAGAAAUACGUUUUUUUUUUUAAUUUAAGAAAUGAUAUCUAGAUAGUACUAUGUGAACAAAUGUUUCUAAUUAUUGUUGAAUGUAAUAUUUCUGUACAUUUUGCUAAUGAUAAAAAUAAUUUUAAGCGU